AGUUCCCUUACACCAGUUCCUUCAUGUGAGAGCUACAAUACAGAAGUGCUCUGUAGCGGAGCAACAUAACUGCCUCAGUCCUGUCCCCAAGCUUAGCAAGCCUAUCCAUGACCUGUGGACAAGGACCUUUGUGCCAUGAAAUGCCUAUGAAAACUGCCCUGUCCCACACAGUGAAGAUCCAGCUAUGGACCAGCAGGUCAGGAUUCUGAGAAGCUUCCUGGAUGACCUGGAAAGACAGGAGGCUGCGGCUGAGGAGGCACCUAACGGCAUUGCUGGGGAGUUUGUGAGGUUGAAAAGUCAGUCAACAAAGUACCGAACGGACAAGACGUAUCCUAGCAAAACAGCAGAAAAGCAGGAAAACAUCAAGAAGAACCGAUACAAGGACAUUCUUCCCUUUGACCACACCAGAGUAAAGCUUACUCUUGUCACAUCAAAAAAUGACACAGACUACAUCAACGCCAGUUUCCUCAAGGGAGUGUCAAACUCCAGGGCUUACAUUGCUACUCAGGGUCCUCUGCCCCACACAGUAGUGGACUUCUUGAGGAUGCUUUGGGAGUACAAGAUAGAGGUUGUCGUGAUGGCCUGUCGAGAGUUUGAGAUGGGAAAGAAAAAGUGUGAGGUUUACUGGCCACAAAAACAUGAGGAGCCGUUCGUUUGUGAGCCUUUUAAAGUUUACUGUGACUCUGAAGAAAGCAAAGGAGACUAUCUGACCAGGACCCUAAGGUUGACCUAUCACAAUAGUUCCCGAACCUUGAAACAGUUGCACUAUGUCAACUGGCCAGAUCAUGGAGUACCGGACUCCAUCCCUCCCAUUCUGGACAUGUUGCGUGAGAUGCGCUCUUAUCAAGCCCAUGAUGACAUCCCUAUUUGCAUCCACUGCAGUGCUGGCUGUGGUAGAACAGGAGCCUUGUGUGUCAUUGAUUAUACUUGGAACCUCCUAAAGAAACAGAUGAUCACUUCAGAUUUCAGCAUCUACGAUUUAGUUCAAAGCAUGAGAACCCAGAGGCCAUCUUUAGUUCAAACCAAGGAACAAUAUGACCUUGUCUACAGAACCAUCAAGUUACUAUUUCAGAGAUAUUUGCAGUCUGUAGAUGAACAGACUUUCCAAAACGAGGUCUCUGAGGUCUUUAUCCCAGGUGAGGAGUCUGGUUUCCUGCCACAAUUUCAGUAUCUGCUUGACGAGGAACGGGCCUUCCUACCACAGUACAACAGUCCUUUGGCUUCUUCAGAAAACCUACUUUUCUUGAACGCCAAGGACAUGCACACAGACCAGCAACAAUGGCAUCUGUUCCAGACCGCUCCUGAGUCAAUUCCCCAGGACCUGAAUGAAGGACCCUGGAUGGUGCAUGCAAAUCAGAGAAUUCCUUCAGCAGAAGAAUUGAUUGCAAAGAGUGAUAGUGUACCAUCACUGAUCCGUCAGCCUUCACCAGAUAUAGCAGCAGCCAUUUGUUCAAUGGUGGAGGACCCCUACUUUGACACUGGUUUGAGUUCUCCAUCAUCAGAUGGGGGACUCAUGGGUGCUGCUGAGGAGACCACAGAAUGGACAUUUAGCCCUCUUUUCAGUGCACCCUCAUUAUUUUUGAAUGACCACACUCUGGAGGCCAACUCGCCUGCUUCAGACACCGGUGAAGUCUGUACUUCCGGAGAAGACCCUCCUCCACUACCUGAACGAACCCCAGAAUCCUACAUGCUGGCUGUGGAUACAGAGGUAUCUGACCCUUUUGAAAGGUUAUUAGUUAUUCCACACGAUGCUGCUGCUGAUGCACUUACAGAAAUUAGUGGCAGUCCCCCCUCACCUGCACCCCCACUUCCAGAAAGAACCCCUGAAUCUUUUGAGCUGGCUAUUGAUCAGGCUCCCGUGGAGCAGAAAUUAGAGGUCAUACCAGCAGUCGCACCAGCGGUGAACCUGAAUGUAAUAGGAAUGUCUUCAGAAUGGUUUGGCAACUCAAAUCUUGGAGCCACUACAUUUCAGAAUGAGAGGAAAUCUUUUGAGAGGAGUAAGAGUCUGAAAGUGAAAAUGACCUUCACAGGACCAGUAAAUGAUCCUGACCUUUCUUCAAAUUGUACUUACUCUCCGUCUAUGGAGCCGCUAUCUCUCACACAGCCUGCCAAAGCCGAGCGCAGUCUGACACCUCCCCUUCCAGAGAGAACUCGACAGUCCUUCAUCCUCGCCACGGAAGAAAUUCAUGAGCCAACCGCCAUUUGCCCGCAACCGUUAGAAAUAGCGCACCCCUCAACAAGGGUGGGUAUAUCAUCUGAGUGGGAUGGCACUUCUCAGCCCAAGAAUUUCCACGAUGCUGUCAUGAGCAGGAGCAAGAGUGUUCGACCUAAAAGUUCAAGACAAGUUUAUCAUUGUGUUUCCACUGCAGAGCCCCCAACUGCAGUUCAGCCGAUCGCUCCACCUACUGUGUUUGUAGCUGAAGGAGGAAGUGCUCAAGCGGAACACUGUGAUGUGAACCGCAGAGCCUCCCUGAACAACGAGAAAUCAGAAAACAAAUCAGACAAAAACAGCGAAAAGGCCAUGAGUAGAACAAAGAGUCUAAGAUUUUUUAAACACAAACAAAGACCAAAAACUGCUCCUCCACUGCCUCCUACUCAACCUGGAACAUCAUCUCAACCAUGCAGUGUUUUUUCAGUGUUCAAGUUUGGAUUUGGAAACCGUUUUGGAAAGCCAAAAGGCCCCAGGAAAUAUCCUGACACUUGGGUCUGACUUCUCUGGAAACAUAAAAAGUAGAAGUGUUUUUUAUGAUGGUCACAGUGACACAUUGCAUUGCUAGAAGAUUUGCAUCACUGCCUCAGGACUAAGUGGCGAUCAAACAAGCACCAGCACUAUAGCACCCCCAACAGGGAAGUCUUGUUACCUGAAUAUGUUACGUACGAUUUAUGAACAAAAAUGGAUUUUAAUUAAAAAACAGUAGCUUUAAAAGAAAAACAUGGACAGCCACUAAGAUGAAUGACUUGAAAGUUCAAACUCAGGAAUGCUAGUCUUUACAAUAACUUGCGUGCAGAAGUAAGCAGUGAGAAGUUUUAACACUUCUUGCAUUAAAGCUCAAAGCAAUGCUGUCAUGCAAGAAAUAUAUUUUGAUAUGUGCCUUUAUGCUUUCAGCAUAACAUUUGAAAACGGGUAUGCUACUUUGUGUUCAUUACUUGACUUUUUCUGUGAAAUAGAGCUCAUUACUCAAUGUCUGUUUGCUAUAUUUGACGUGACCACCUGCAGUUUUUAAACAUUUUAAAAACUACUAACACCACCUUAAAAGACAUGUCCGGUUAAUGGAGCAUUGAAUAUGCAUAUUUAAUAUGCCUAUGUUGCAACUGUAAAGCUUAACUAUAUUACAUACACUGGUUACACACAAAUUAUUUAUUAAAAAAUAUUGACAGUAUGCAUUCUAAUUGUGUUUUUUCCCUCUUGUUUAACAAGACUAGAUCCCAUUACAAACAACAGAAAUCCAUGUUUCUGGCACACAGAGCAUGGCAACAUGAAAUAACAAAAGCCUGAUAUGACAGGGCUGUGAUGGGGUGUUUUUUUUCUACAUCGAUUUAUUAAGUUAAGACCACGUGAAAGCCACAUUUCUGACAAAAGAAAAAGCCAUUUUUCUUCCUAGUUUGGAUUAUGAAAGGCCUAAUUUUCUAUAAAACUAUGAUGCUAUUAUUAUUUGCUUUUGGAUAUCAUGCAAAUGUAAAAUGGAUCAUGUGAGCAACAUUUUUUUUUAAAAUAACAAAAACAUGGUACACUAUGGCUGUUUAGCCUCUCCCCAUUUUACCAUCCUACUCAACAAAUAAACCUUGCAGGUUUAAAUGAGGCUUACUAUAUACAGUAACAAGGCACUAAGAUGUAGUCAGUGAUAUAGCAAAGGCAGCAAAACACCAUCACUUCCUUCACACAGGAACAAAAUUUAGAAGACAACAGAAUGAAGGUCUCUCUGAGACUCGGUCGUACUCUAAAACUUGAUCAAAGCUACGACGCUAUACGCCUAUUAGCCACAGCAUUAAAGAGACGCAAAGAAAUAACACUGACUGUUGGACUUUGAGGAAAUAAUUCUGGUAUUCAUGUGGAUGGUACCACUCCAAAAAAAGCUGCAUGGGCCUCCCUGAGCAGAACCCUGACACAACACAAAAAGUGCUCAGGAAUGGCUGAACAGACUAAAAUGCCCAAGGCAUCGACUGGGCCUCAAAACUCUGGUUUUAGUAUAAUCGUGCAUUUAUGAGAUGCAAUACUCUGAUCCCCAGAGACCACAGACACAGACCCUUUGGGAUUGCUGACAGUGCUGUGCCAGGAGUUGCAUACUAUGAGGCAAGUAGUUCUAAUGUUGUGACAGAUAGCAGUAUUUUUGGACAAACCUUGUGCAGGCGGGGGGCGGGGCUUACACUUUCUGAAGCCACAUAGUUGCAACCAUGUCAAACUCACUACAAAGUGCCUUCUUCAGCAUAAUGACAUUAUCAGCUAACAAUAAGAGUGUGAAUGGAAUUUUAAUUAAACUGAGACUGAAAGACAGCUGCAACAUAUUCCCAGCAAUAACAACAUAAUAUUUACAUUCCAAAUUCUGAAUACAAACUCCACACAUGAAGAAAAGAGCCAAAUUGUUAUUGCUAAGCGCAAUAAAUGUGAUUCUUUAGUCAUUUAGAAGUGCUUUUACAAUUAGGUCAUAAUCUUAAAUACUCAUCACUGGUUAUAAACCUGUGUUUAUAUGUUAAGCUCGAUCUUAAGAAAAUAAAUAAAUAUCAAAAAACUAUAUUAACAGUAAGAAAAAGGCCCUGUAUAAAAUGGUAUUUAAAUAAAGAACUGCCCAAACUUCAACUUAUGAAGCAGACGAGUAAGUGCUUGUAAUAUAUUUAGACAAUAUAGUGUAUGUUGCUUAGUUUAAAGGAAAUUAUACUCAAGUUUAAAAGAUGGCAUUUGAAAAUAAUCCAAAGUAAUAGCUAAUUAUUAUUUCCAUAGGCAUGAUGAAUGUAAAAAGUCCAAUUCUUCCCAAGCUUUUAAAUCAAAUAAAGGCCUGGCAGCACUUUGACAACUCAGUCUAUCAAUGAGAAGCCACAGUAUUCUUAAGGUAACAUUAGUUCACUUUGCAUCGGUCACUGAAACUAAUAAAAAAAAUAUCAGUAUCAUGCUUCUAUACUUACAUUUUUUAAGCUUCUAAAUCGAUCCACAAGCAUUUUGCGACUUCAAUUCUUCCAUGAUAUGGAAGCUAAACCAGCUAAACAUUCAACAUAUAUUAAAACAUGUGCAUGUGACAAAUUAUGUCAGUCUAAAAAAUAAUAGUUUCUAUACAUCAUACACAGCUUCUGAAUAAAACAGUGGAGAGUUACAGUGAAUGUGAGAGCAAUAUAAAAUAAGAAAUUGUAUUAUACAAUCCCAUUAAAUGAUGUAAUUGGACUUAGGGGAAAAAAUGUGACUACAUCAUAAACAACAUUUGAAGAUUAAAAACAAAA